AAGCGGAAUAGGAAGGACGCGGAAGAGGAAUCAAUGAAAAAGAGUGCUCGAACGCCGGCGGAGACACGAAAUCCUGGAAGGAGGAGAGGACGAAAUAUAAAAAGGCUUCCCUUUUUACCCAAUAAAUGUGUUGUAGUAACAGCCGAUAAUUUUUUCGUUCUCCUGGUGGCUCUGUUGGCGUCCGCCAAUGCCGGAUUGCUUCCCACGGCGACCUAUGCGGCACCUGCAGUUGCGAAGCUCGCCCCUCAGUUGGCCUACGCUGCCCCCGCAGCUUACGCGGCGCCUGUAGCUUACGCGGCACCUGCAGCUUACGCGGCGCCUACAGCGAUCGCAGCUCCUGCGGCAUAUGCGGCUCAUGCGACUCAUGCGGCUCCUGCAGCUUAUGCAGGUUAUGCAGCUUACGCCGCGCCUGCGGCAUACGCCGCGGCUGUUGCUCCAGUCGCCAAGGUGGCGGAACCUGUACCCCUGGCCAAGACUGACGCCGACUUCGACCCCCACCCUCAGUAUACGUACGCCUACGACGUGCAGGAUUCCAUCACCGGGGACUACAAACAGCAACAGGAAACCAGGGAUGGCGACAACGUGCAGGGUAGCUACUCCCUGAUCGAAGCCGAUGGAUCUCGUCGCACCGUCGACUACACCGCCGAUUCGGUCAACGGAUUCAACGCGGUCGUUCAUCGCGAACCUGCAGCCGUGGCCGUGAAGGCUGCCAUCCCCGCCAUUCCUGCAGCUCCAGCCGUCAUCGCUGCCAAGGCAUCGCCUGUGGCCUAUGCCCCUGCAGCUCCGACUCAGCUCACGUACGCCGCUCCCGCAGCUCCGGCUCACCUCACCUACGCCGCUCCUGCAGCUCCGGCUCGGUUCACCUACGCCGCUCCUGCUGCCCCGGCACAUUUCACCUAUGCUGCCCCUGCAGCUCCGGCGCACUAUUCUUACGCUGCCCCUGCAGCUCCAGCGCAUAUUUCUUACGCUGCCCCUGCAGCCCCGGCGCAUUUUACCUAUGCCGCUCCUGCAGCUCCAGCGCAUUUCUCUUAUGCCGCGCCUGCAGCGCCAGCGCAACUGGCCUACGCUGCCCCUGCAACUCCGGCUCAUUUCUCUUAUGCCGCUCCUGCAGCUCCCGCUCAUCACGUCUCUUAUGCCGCACCUGCCCUCGCUAAGUACGCCCCCCUGUACCAUUAGACUGACUUCGAAGUGGCCGUUGGGAACCGAUCCCGGCGUCCUCGUAUCUACGCUUUUACGAGUUUAUGUGAUUCUUUCUGGCUCGUUAACGAUUCCGUUUUACGAGUCUGCCGGUAGACGCGUCUUUAAGAAUUAGAAGGUCGUUCCGUCACGAGAAUCGAGAUUGGCUCUCGAUUAUGUAAAUAUGGGAAACGCUACCUGCUUUUCAUUGUACCUCCAUUUUCGUACUCCAAUUGUUACCGUAACGACAUAGCGUGUACCAAUAGUUACCAAUCUGCCGUUGCAGCGAUCAUCCGGCUCCCUUGCUCAAGCUUGCCAGUGAUGACAUUCGUAAUAAUAAACGUAUCGUAUUUUGUAAUAUCGAAUUCAAUUUAUUAAGUAGAACAAUAAUCAUCGCGUGCCUUAACUUACUUUACGCA